AUUCCAUUGUGACAAAAUUCACGACGAUUGUUAUUCCAUUAACCGCACAUGCGCUUUGAAACGUGUCGCUACAUAUAUGUACUUACUCUCUAUGUGGCGCGUUUCUCGACGUGUCAGGUUACUUCCUGGAAGUACAAAUAGUACAAGAGUUCCUUCCAACUAUUUAAAUAUCUUGAGCGACCACUUCUCAACUAUCACGACACGUUGGCGCAACGGGGCCGAAAUCUUUAGCAAAAAGAAAAAGCGCAAGAUGGAAGAAGUAAACGCGAGAUUCGAAGUGAACCAGCCGCAGACAUAUCAGAACCCAACCUAUAAACCAACCAUCCCCUUUAAUCACAACUCAAACUCCCUCAACAUAAACAUGAUGAACCCAGACGAGAUCGACUUAUCUGCUAACUUGUCCGAUGCCGAACCACCCCAACUAUUUCCCAGGAACACAUCACCUACCACCAAACCCAAGUCGGAGCGCCAGUUGAGACAUGAAGAGAGACAAGAAGAGAGAAAAAAAGAAUUGUUCCGGUUCAGUCGCGCAGAGAAGGAGCUUGCAAGAGAACCCAUCAGCGCGCCCUCACCCGAAUCAGGAGGCAUACCAGAGCCCACCCCGGAGUACCUCCAACGCGCCGCCUUCCCACCCUUCCAACUGCCCUACGCGCGCAAACUCCUCGUCGUCAUCGACCUAAACGGCACAAUCCUCUACCGCCCCAAGCGCACCAACCCCCGGUACUUCAUCGAGCGACCCCACGCACGCACGUUCCUACGAUACUGCAUCGAGACCUUCAAAGUCGUCAUAUGGUCCUCCGCUAGUAUCACAAACGUAAAACACAUGUGCACACAACUCCUCACGCCCGAGCAGCUCAACGACGUCGUGGCGAUAUGGGGCCGCGAUCGCUUUAAUCUAACGGGUAAAGACUACAGGGCGCGGGUUAUGUGCUACAAGCGAUUAACGAGAUUAUGGAAAGAUCACGUGAUUCGCUCCGCGCACCCCGAGGUUGCGAAUGGGAAGACUUGGAGUCAGGCUGAUACCGUGUUAAUCGAUGAUUCGAUCGAGAAGGCGCGCUCGGAACCGUAUAAUCUUAUUCAGGUCCCUGACUUCGUGGGCGAUGCGGAUGACCCCUAUGAGGAGAGGGUGCUUCCACAGGUUCAUGAUUAUAUUAAUGAGUGUGCGCGUUAUGUCGAUGUUAGCACGCAUAUUAGGGAUCGGCCUUUUCAAAUUGAAGCUGAUCAAGCACCGCACUAACCCUAACGUAGGGGAGGUGAUAGGAAGGGCGUCUAGGGAGAGGGGAUGGUGGGAAAGGUCAUCAUAGAUGAAAGGGAAUGGCGUUUAAAGAUAUGGCCUGAAUUUACAGCUCCACUUCGCGAAGAUUCGAAAAUCUGCUUUAAAAAGGGCGUUGAAAUUAUAGAUGAUCAAAAAGGGGAAGGAAGGGAGGAAUACGAGGAAUGCGCAUUGGUUUUAAAAGUUUCAAACAGGCUAUCAUAGCUCAAAUGAAUCAUCGGCACGGCGUCAUAAGAGGACGGCGUUAUCUCGACAUGGACGGGUGGUGAAUGGUGUGCGAUACCCCUUUUCGUAACAUUGCCCGGUCCCGCGUUAUUUUACUAUCCAAACGCAGAUAGAAACUUGCCUUGUAAUUAAGACACAUGAAAUCAAUCGAAUUGUAUUCGAAUGGGAUGGGUUGGGGGGGAUUGUUUAGGCGGUAGUAAGGCUAUUUCGACUAGAUAUCGAAAAGUUGCGAAGAGUGAAAUGCCUUCGUCCCGUAACACGAGAGUCUAGAUACGAAAUCAUGGAAAUUAAUCACU